GACCGGCGACACCCGGAAAGAUACCAGGAUGCAUUCACAGAAAUAUUAGAUGCCAGCUUUUAGCCUGGAAGCCGUAAUUUGCAAACAGGGCAAGAGAAAUGACCGGAAGAUCUGAGUAUACUGACUUAACACGACUAGAUGAUGUCAACCCCUUUGACAGAUAUGACGCAAAACACAAACCACAUACCGGAGUUCCAACAUCCUCCUGAUGGGGCGGAGUCAGAAACGACGGAGGAAGUGGAGCCCCAGAAGACUCGUGUGAUCCACAUCAACGCCCCACAGCCUCAAAAGUACUGCAGUAACCAGAUCAGCACUGCAAAGUAUAGUUUUAUAUCCUUCCUCCCAAAGUUUCUGUUUGAGCAGUUCAGAAAGUAUGCCAAUAUUUUCUUCCUCUUCAUUGCACUACUGCAGCAAAUCCCCAAUGUCUCUCCCACUGGGCGCUACACCACAGCAGUGCCCCUUAUGCUCAUCCUCUUUGUCUCAGCUGUCAAAGAAAUUAUAGAAGAUUUUAAACGCCACAGAGCAGAUGAUGCCACAAACAACAGAGUGGUCAGUGUCUUACGAGACGGAGACUGGCACUCUCUCAAAUGGAAUCAGGUGGUUGUGGGAGACAUCGUUAAGAUCGUGGGCCAUCACUUCUUCCCAGCUGAUCUUGUCCUACUUUCUUCCAGUGAGCCUCAGGCCAUGUGUUAUAUCGAGACAUCCAACCUAGAUGGAGAGACAAACCUGAAGAUCAGACAGGGGUUACCAGCCACUGCCAAUCUCCUUACCCACCAGGAUCUGAUGGAAUUAGGGGGAACACUGGAGUGCGAGUGUCCUAAUAGAUUUCUCUAUGACUUUGUGGGUAACAUUCGACCCUCGGGACGACAGGCUAUACCUUUGGGACCAGACCAGCUUCUGUUACGAGGUGCAAUGCUGAAAAACACGAAGUGGAUAUUUGGCAUUGUGAUAUACACCGGCCAUGAAAGCAAGCUGAUGCUGAACUCUACCUCAGCGCCGCUGAAGAGAUCAAACGUAGAGAAGGUCACCAAUAUUCAGAUUUUGAUUUUAUUUGCGAUUUUAAUUGCGCUGUCCCUGAUAAGCACAGUAGCUAACAAAAUCUGGACCAAUAAACACGUGCACACGGACUGGUACAUGGGAUUUGAGGAGCUGGAGCCCAGUAAUUUUGGUUACAACUUCCUCACCUUCAUCAUUCUGUACAAUAACCUGAUUCCCAUCAGUUUACAAGUCACCCUGGAGGUGGUUAAGUUCAUUCAAGCUAUCUUCAUCAACUGGGAUAUAGAUAUGUACCAUGAAGAGACAGAUACACCUGCCAUGGCUCGUACCUCUAACCUUAACGAGGAACUUGGACAGGUCAAAUACUUAUUUUCUGACAAGACGGGUACCUUGACAAGAAAUAUAAUGGAAUUCAAGAAAUGCAGUGUGGCUGGUAUAGCAUAUGGGAAUAAUGAAGAAAGUGAAGAAGAAUUCAAUGAUCCUGAUCUAAUAGCAAACCUGAAAUCUAAUCAUGAGACUGCUGGAACCAUCCGUGAUUUCCUGACGCUGCUGGCAGUUUGUCACACAGUCGUCCCAGAGACUGACGAAGAGGACCUGGAGAAUGGUAUAAUCUACCAGGCUGCUUCCCCAGAUGAGGGGGCGCUGGUGAAGGGAGUGAGAAAGCUUGGGUUUGUGUUCACCACUAGGACACCAGAUUCUGUGGCUGUUGAAGUGUUUGGUAAAGAGGAAAAGUAUGAAAUUUUAAAUGUUCUGGAGUUUUCCAGCACAAGAAAGAGGAUGUCAAUAGUUGUACGAGGACCAGACGGGAAAAUCAAGCUGUACUGUAAAGGAGCUGAUACUGUUAUAUAUGAGAGAUUGGGAGAGAAUCAGCCUUACCGGGACGUCACCCUGGAGCAUUUAGAGGCCUUUGCUUCUCUGGGUCUGAGAACCCUGUGUAUUGCUACUGCCGAUGUAGCCGAGGAUUUCUACGAUGACUGGAAGCACACAUUCUACAAGGCGUCCACUUCCUUACAGAACCGGGACAAGAAGCUGGAGGAGGCUGCCGAGCUCAUAGAACGGAAUUUACAGUUACUUGGUGCUACAGCUAUUGAGGACAAACUACAGGAAGGUGUUCCAGAGACGAUAGCUAACCUUACCAAAGCUGACAUCAAGAUAUGGGUGCUUACUGGAGAUAAACAGGAGACAGCCAUCAACAUAGGCUACUCCUGUAAACUGCUCACCCAGGGAAUGCCUCUUCUGAUGAUCAAUGAAUACAGCCUGGAUGAAAUCCGUAACAUUGAGAACACCCGAGAAGCAAUAAGGCGUCAUCAUCAAGACUUUGGAGAUCAGCUAGGCAAGGAAAAUGACGUAGGGCUGAUUAUUGAUGGACAGACCCUCAAGUAUGCAUUGUUGUGCGACUGUAGGCAAGAUUUUCUGGAUAUUGCCAUAUCUUGUAAAGCAGUCAUAUGCUGCAGGGUGUCCCCACUGCAGAAGGCUGAAUUGGUGGAGCUAGUCAAGUCCUCUGUGAAGGCUAUCACUCUGUCUAUAGGGGAUGGAGCAAAUGAUGUGGGCAUGAUUCAGGCUGCCCAUGUUGGGGUGGGCAUUAGUGGGGUAGAAGGCCUCCAGGCUGCCUGUGCCUCGGACUAUGCUAUCGCUCAGUUCCGUUUCCUAAACAAGCUGUUGUUGGUACACGGUGCGUGGAGUUACAGCCGGCUGUGUAAAGUCAUCCUGUACUCAUUCUACAAGAACAUCUGUCUCUAUGUCAUUGAGUUUUGGUUUGCUGUCCUCAGUGGCUACUCAGGACAGAUUGUGUUUGAACGCUGGUCAAUUGGUCUCUACAACGUGGUGUUCACGGUUGCCCCACCUUUAGCCCUGGGCCUCUUUGAUAGGGUCUGUAGUGCUGACAGUAUGAUGAGAUUCCCAGCCCUCUAUAAAUACUCCCAAAAUGCAGAAUUCUUCAAUACGAAGGUGUUCUGGAUGUGGACCAUCAACUCUGUGUACCAUUCCAUCCUGCUUUUCUGGAUGACAGUAUUAGCUCUGGAGCAUGAUAGUGCAUUUUCAAAUGGUCAGACUGGUGGGUAUUUAUUCCUGGGCAACUUCGUCUACACGUAUGUGGUGGUGACUGUGUGUUUGAAGGCAGGCCUGGAAACAAGUGCCUGGACUUGGUUGACUCACUUGGCUAUCUGGGGAAGCAUUGCUGCCUGGUUCCUGUUUGUCAUCAUCUACAGUCAUAUCUACCCUCACAUUGACAUAGGGCCAGAAAUGGUGGGAAUGGCAGAGAAAGUGUUUGGUUGCUCAGUCUUUUGGCUCGGCCUGAUUCUGAUCCCAGUGGCUUGCCUUCUCAGAGACUACACUUGGAAAAUUAUUCGCCGGACACUAUUUAAAACUCUAAAGGAAGAAGUUCAAGAGAAAGAGCUAGCCCAUGAAGAUCCUGCUGGUGUUGUGUUAAAGUCCACCAAGAAAAGGCUAACAGAAACGGCCCGCCUCCUGCGAAAUGUUUUGACUCUGCGUACAUCGUCUCGAGCACCUGCUGCAGCUGAACAUCCCCCCCCAACACCCCCAACAGAUCACGGAUUUGCGUUUUCUCAGGAAGAACAUGGUGUUGUUCCCCAAGCUGAUUACAUCCGUGCUUAUGACAGCCGUAAGCACAAACCAGAAGGUCUGUAGGGGCGUCACCUGUCUGGACACUGGAGCAUGGCACCAACUGGCAGCCCACUGGAGAGUAAGGCAAGAUAGGGUUGACAAAGCAAGGGUGGACCUCGGCAGAUAAUUGCUCCUAAAAAUGAUCAGGGAAAGAGGCACACAGUCUGCAGGAUGAUCUCUUGAUUUUGUGAGACAUGGCAUAUACCAUUGUCAGUUUGGUCUAAACUGACCUCUACUUCCGUAUAGACUUCAUAUAGGUGAACAUAUAGUUAUUGUCAUUUCAGUGAAGAUUUCAGUACCUUGUAAGGAUUUCAUUCUUUGUGUGGUAUGUGAAACAACUUACACAGAUUAUACCCUGUGAACUUUUAUCUUUUUCCAUGUUGUUAAUAUAUUAUGUAUUCUGUGAACAGUUGUGGUUAAUAAUGCCUUUGUGGAAUUGAAGGCAUCGUCUUGUACAGUAAACUAAAUGUACAUGUAUUGUGAGGUGUGUGCAAUACCUUUUCUUGAUGGUUGUUAUCAAAAUCUGCUCUAUUAUAUUUAUUUGUAAUUUUAAUUACAAAUCAUCCAUUUCAUCUUUCCUGUGCUGAUGAUUUCUAGCAAAUUGUCUGGUGCCUUUUAUUUAAUUUUUUAAUUUUUUUUUACUCUUUCCAUGCCAUUUGUGUUGAUAUUACAUUCACAUUGUGAUCCUAAAAAGUGUCAUUAGUACAUUCACCAAUGUCAGCUUAACCAGGAUCUAUUUGGAUUAGGCUUUAUAAAAUUGUAACUUUAUCCCUGCAAAGUGCUUUUCUGUCAGAGUUCUGGAAAUAUAUGAAUUCUGUUGUCCACUAUAUCCCUGCGCAAAACUAUUACAACAGGGGAAGAAUCGCCAACAGUUUGAUGUCACAAGUAGAAUAAAAACUCACCAGGACCAGAGAGUAACCAGAAUUCACUGAAUUCUUUGAAGUAGAACUUUCUGUCAUAUUCAGACUUUUUGUCACUCACAUUAUCAGAUUGUUCAUUGCACAUCUUAUACCAAAAGAUUGUCUGAGGUUAGGGAGGUUGUGUGCAUUAGGUAACCUUUCUGACCUCCAGUGUAGGAGAGUUCUCUCAAGUGAACCAAUCAAAAAUAGCCAGCAAAGUGGGCUUCAUGAAGGUGCCCACCAAACCAGAUUUAUUCUUCUUGUUCAUCUUUAAGACUGUCUUCUUCAUCUACUCUCGCUGUCAUUUAAAACUUUAAAUGUUGAAAUUAAACAAAGUGGUCAUUUUUAUGCUUAAAUCAUGAAGGUUUCUGUGAUUCUCAAGCUUUAAUAUCUCAAUAUUUAGAUUAUAUUCCAUACAUUUAUUCAACAUUAUCAUGCCCAAUAUGUAGUACCAGUAUACAAAUGUACUAGAAUGUUAUCAACAAUUAUAGCAAGAUGUUCAUGGUAGGAAACACAAAACUUUCCCUCUUGCCUCGAGUGUAAGUGAUCUGGAAUCCAGUGAUUGUUUUUCUGAUUUGUGGAUUAUUUUGCAUGUUGUUGAAACUUUUAACAAUAAUUUAUGUUUUGUUAGUUGCUACACCUGUCUUUCAUAUUAUUGUAAAUCUUUAGAAAGUGGGACGUGGUUGAUAAUGACGUGGUGUAAAACUAACCCCUUUGACUUGUGACUGCAAGGUUUUCUUUGCACAGAUUUUUUUCUUUUCGAUGCAAAAUUUGGAUUAUCAUUCCAUGGUGAAGGGAUCAGGUGAUGUGAUUAUGAAUUAAGGAAUUGGUUUACGGAUUAACUAGUGAUUAAGGUUCAAGUGAAGUGCUGGGGUGAUUCACAAGACCUACAAGUAGAAACAGUUGAAUAAUUCUUAAAUUUACAAAUCUGGCCCUCGUAACAUACAAAUAUUUUCAUUCAAAGUCAUUUUCUGCUGUUGAUUAAUUCAUGAAGAUUUAUUUUUAGAUUUGUUGAUAGACAACUACUUUAUCUCCUGUAAAAGAAUAUAAAGCUGUCCAAUAGUGUUAUGUAUAUAGUGUGAAAUUUGAUGUCAUUGGUUAUGAUAGGACACUGAUCAGACAGUGUUGGUCAGCACGAAAACACAGUAGCUGGUUAGAUUCUAGUGACCAUGUCGAAAAUGUUCACAGCGUUAAUAAUUGUUGCGCAGUUAAUGUGUCCCAUUGUUUGUCAAAAGAUACAUACAUUUGAGUGAAGAGUUUUAAUAACUGAAUAUCAUGCUCGGUAAAUAUAUGAAUCAGGUGAGGAGUAUUUAAAUCAGUAAAAUUUAAUUUUGUCUGUAGCCUAACUACAAUUACUGACCAGCGUAACUCUGCACAGCUUUUAUGACAAUGAUAAAUCCGAUUGUAAUAAAUAAGGUUUAUGAUAUAGUCGAUGUUCAACAUUAAAAUUUUUCUCAGAUUAUUUUUCUUUUAUAUUUGGAAUUGCUUAUCAUUUAAAAUAAUUUAUUCUAUAAUUUUAUGCUGUUAAUUUGCUAUGUUGUGCUGGAAUGUGAAGGUGUGGUUUCCAGUAAGUGUCAUGGAUUUCUAUUUGUGAAAUCAUUGUGAUGCCCACCGUCCUCAGCUUUUUUAUUUUUGUCUUUUUGCUAAAUUGUUUAAGGAUAUUUCACUUCUGUAUUGUUUACUCUCUGGUUAAACCUGCAUGAAUUCACGGCCAGUCAGACCAGCGUUUUAGGAAAAUUUUGAAAAAGUGCACCCUACUGGAAACAUUGUAUUGGGAAAGAUUAGAUAUAGCAUACAUGUAGGGCACAUAAUUUAUAUAUUGAGGAACAACAGCAAUUGUUCAUGUUGUCUGUUUGCAUAUAUCAGUAUUUUUUGUGCUUCUCUAUCCUCUGAUUUGUUCAUAGGGUUAUCUGUGACUUUGAGUAGCAAUAGCUACAGGGGUAUGGGAUUCACCACCAGGGUAGUGUAUGUGGCAUCCAUAUUCCAAGCUGUUGUCUGUAAUGUUUAAAUCAUUGCUCCACAUGCUUACAUUAUGUGGACUUAUCAAUGUAC